CCACGUGACAUAUUUACAUCAUAUGUCGAACUAAAAAAUAGGUUAAAAAUACUGCUUUACGCGUCAAAGGUCAAGAUUAUUUAAUAUAAUUUUCCAAGUUUGGAGCUCAUGCGGCCGGCGGUGAAAGUGGCGAAUACGAGCACUCGGGCAGCGGCGCGAGACGGACGCGGGCGUGCUAGCGGGCCCGACGUGGCGGAACCGAAUUGAAAAAUAUCGCGCCUUGGUUGCAAUACGGGUCGCAUAUGUUGCGCUCGCGGCGAGCGCAGCGCGAUUAUAGUGACAUGAAGUUACCGUAAAUAAACGCUCCGUGUUCUAAGUGUCAACUUGAUCGUGUUUUGUUUCUAUCAAACAUGUUAAAUAGUAGCGACGGACGUAAUAGAUAGGAAAUAGUGAUGGCUAGCAGCGGUGGAGUUGAGCCGGCGAGCUUGGAGUACAUGGAAGAUCCUUACUUCUUGCCGCCGGACGACGACUCGACGCCCAGCUUCGAUGUGGCCGUGGACGAGCUGGAUGAGCUGGAGGAGCGCGCCUGGCCGCAGGACGACCUGGACGCGUCCUGGCGCGCGCUCCCGGACCUCGCAGAUGCAGCACUCUGCAUUGAAACCGAAUUCUACAUGGACAAUCGGCGCAGAAGGCUCCGCAUAUUUAAGAAGAAAAUGCGUGAAGUUAGAGUCACCUUCCAAGAUUUAUCUAAGCCAUAUCUUGCCAAAGUGUCCAGCCACACGAAUUACAAAAAGUUUUUAGGUAUCACACCGGGAGCUGAAGAAGUGAUACCCGGUGCGGGCGCCGGCGGAGACACCCAGACGCCCGACGAGCUCGCCGGACUCACGCCCGAGCAGGCCGAGCAGCUUCGCGCGGAGUGGAGCCGUGAGCUCGCGCGCGUCGACGAUGAGAUCGCCACUCUGCGCACCGUGCUAAACAGCAAGAUGCGUCAAAGCUCCGAACUUAAAAGAAAGCUCGGCAUCACAGUGUGGAAGGAGAUUACUGAAGACGUCAAUCAGGGUUUUAAAAAUGUGAAAGAAAGCCAAGUCUAUCAAUCAAUAGAAACUCGCGUGGCAGCGCUUACUCAAGCUGUGACCGAAGCACCAAUAUACCAAAAAACGGAAUCUGUGAUAAAAUCGACGGCAGAGAAGACCACCUCGAUCCUGGGAGGAAUCACCGCCGGCGUGUCCACCAAGCUCGGCCAGAUGCGCAACUCCGAGUCCUUCCGCUCCAUCGAGGAGCGCGUCGGCUCCGCCUACGAGAACGUAAAGGGCAAGGUGGCGUCCCGGUCGAACUCGACGCAGAGCUUCGACGACGCGCUGCGCGACGCCAGCCGCGCGGCCAGCGGCGCCGCGUCGCCCGCCAUCCCCGAGCACAAGCCGCUGCCCUAGUGCGCUGCUCACACACACACACACACACACACACACGCCGCCCGGCUCCAUUAGCGGACUGACCGGCGUCCCGAGGCGGUGAACUUAUGAUAUUUCUCAUACGAUACGAUUUUGCGAACACUAACGGUGACGGAUGGCUCGGUGCGACCGACUCUAUCUCGACCACGUACUGCAACGCGCAUGGAAUGUUGAAAAAUGUAAACGCAUGUUCGACCGUUUUGGAUUCUUUAGGUCCUGGCUCUAUAAAUACGGCAUCUGCCCCCGAGUCACUGAAACGUUUAUUAUUACACCGCUGGUAUAUUGUCUAAGCAAGUGCGAUUGGAUUUUGCAGCUAGUACAACUGAGUAGUCCGAACACGCUUCACGUAAUCUUUUUUAAAAUGCUUGCACUUUAAGUUAACACUUAAGUAAGUCAUUGGCUUUAUGACGUUUUGAGUAUUUUAUGAUAGUUUGCAAUGGAGUAUUCUAAUAUUUGUACAUUAUUUAUUCUAUGCAGCCGCCGGUUGGGCGGUAGCGUUGUGACGAAAAUACAUUCUGAUUUGAUAUCUUAAUUCGACCCCAUUAUUACUCGUGUUACGUUAUUUAUAUUAGAUUAAUGUACUUAAUGGGGGAUCAGUGUUACGUUACAGUGUCGAGAACUACUAUUUAGUUUCGUUAGUAUUUUUUUAGCCCAUGACUAAUAAUUGUAUCACUGUUUAGGAAAUAAUAUCACCGGUUAAGAGAACGGAUAUACUCGUAUAACGUUUGUUUCGCCAAUAUUUUAGUAGGUCCCUUCUAGAUGUUCCUUACACGUAUAUGUCAGAUUGAAUUUUUUUUUGACAUAUGCAUGUAGGGAGUGAACGUCGGACUCGUCAAGACUGCCUGAUGGCCUCUAAUCACUUUAAAGGGUACUUCAUUAUAUACUUGUGUCUAAAAUGCAUUCCACGAAAGUUACUCAAUUAUAAAGUGUCUAUUUAAUGUUUUUAAUGUUAAAAUUUGGGGUGUGACGAAGAUACAUUCAGUAAACGUUGGUACGCUAUGAAGGUUUACAAUAGUAUAAUAUGCCUGUCGAGUGUUGAACGACAGCACGACCUCGCCGACGUCUCUUAGGUCCAGUUGAUAAUGAAUAAAAUAUUUUUGUAAGAUGCUUAGCUUUCCUUUACUUAUAAAAUAUUUUCACUAUUUACAUCAAAUACCUUAAGAAUGGUAAAUAAAAUUUAUGUAUAAAA